CUUUCUUUCUUUCUUUCUUUCUCUUUCUUUCUCCGUCAAACAAACUAAAAAAAUCCUCUGUUCUUCUCUUUCUUUUGUCUGAUUUUCUCUUCAAACCAAACCAGAGAGCGACCGGCGAGCGUAACCUCGCCGGAGAUUCGCCUCUACUCUUUCCAUUGCCGGAAAAAUCAAUUUUAUCCCUCUUCAACUUCUUAAUUCUGAUUUUUUGCUUCUACUUUUUCGAUAAACAACCUUUAAUCUCUAAAUAAAUUUUCGUUUUCCUUUUCUUUUUGAUUGAAUAUAUAUGAAAUAGCAAUGUGGAGGGGAAGAGGUUUUUGUUGCAGAAAACAACCUAGGAUCUAUUGUUUCUGAAUUCCUUAUGCUGUAGACCGUUUACAAGAUUCAGUUUUGUUUUGUUUUUGUUCUUUUUUUGCAAUUGAUAUUUCUUCUCGAGUUUCUAGAAGAGGAUUUUACUGAAUUUUAUGGUGCAACCGUGAUAAGAAAGAUUUUUGGAGUUUUCUGCUAGCUUGGUUUUGUUCAAAUUGAUAAAGAUGACGACAAGGAGUAGAGCUCAACAAAGCUAGCAAGUGAGGAACUUUUUUGUAAUAUUUCUCUUUCUAUAUUUUUCUGGACAAGCUAUAGGAUGCCUUUUGAAGUAACGAACCAGAGGGGUGUUACUGCUUCAUCCCACCUUUAUGAUGAUGUUUCCUAUGCUUCUGAGAGGAAUGUUGGACUACGGAACCCAAAAUCCAUCCAUGAUGAUUAUCCACAAGGAAAGAGUGAAAUGGCAGCUUCACAUGGAAGCAUUUUGAAUGCUUCAUCAACUCUCGAAAGAAAUGCAAAAACAGGCUUGCCAAUGUCACAGACCGGUCUAUCUAGGGAAAUUCCAGAAAACCUACAUUUUGGUGGGGAAGCUGGCAUUGUAGAUUUGCUGAAGGAUUCAAAGGAAUCCCCAAAUUUUCAUCCAAGAUCAUGGUCUGAUGUGCAUAGGCAGCCAGCAUCUAGCUCGUAUGGUUUAAUUGGGAACAAGAUUGUCACCAAUGCGGGUUCACGUGAAAGUAGUCUAUUCUCAAGCUCACUGUCUGACUUAUUUAGCCAAAAGUUGAGAUUAUUGGGAAACGGUGUUCUGUCUGAUCAGAACAUUACUGCUGGUUCUCUUCAUGAGGAAGAACCAUACAAAUCGCUUGAAGAAAUUGAGGCUGACACUAUAGGGGAUCUCCUUCCUGAUGAAGAUGAUCUGUUUUCUGGCGUCACUGAUGAUUUAGGAAACAGUACUCAUGCAAGAACAAGUGAUGAUUUUGAAGAUUUUGAUUUGUUUAGCAGUGGUGGAGGCAUGGAGUUGGAAGGAGAUGAACUUCUAGUUUCAGGAAAAAGAAUCAAUGGUUUGGAUGGAGAUCCUGGUUACUUUGGGGGUUCUAAAGGCAAAAGUCCUUUUGGUGAACAAUCUUCUAGAACACUUUUUGUCAGAAACAUUAUCAGCAAUGUAGAAGACUCAGAGCUAAAGGCUCUCUUUGAGCAAUAUGGAGAUAUACGAACCAUUUAUACUGCCUGCAAGCAUCGUGGGUUUGUUAUGGUUUCUUAUUAUGACCUAAGGGCAGCACAAAAUGCAAUGAAAGCCCUUCAAAAUAGGUCAUUGAGAUCUAGGAAACUCGAUAUACACUAUUCAAUUCCAAAGGGCAAUGUUUCAGAGAAGGAUAUUGGCCAUGGCACACUGAUGAUAUCUGCUCUUGAUCCAUCUGUUUUGAAUGAUGAGCUAAAACAUAUUUUUGGGUUUUAUGGAGAAAUCAAAGAAAUCUAUGAAUAUCCAGAAAUGAAUCAUAUCAAAUAUAUUGAAUUUUAUGAUGCUCGAAGUGCGGAAGCUUCUCUCCGUGCAUUGAAUGGAAUCUGCAUUGCUGGGAAGCACAUCAAGCUUGAACCUGGCCAUCCUAGGAUUGCAACAAGUAUGAUGCAGCCGUCUCAAAAGGGACAAGAUGAAGCCGAUCUUGGUCAUAAUCUCAAUGACAUCUUAUUCUUAAGACAGAAGGGAGUGUCUUCUGGAGUUAUUGCAUCUGGUGGUCGAUUGGAAAAUGGAUACAAUCAAAGAUUUCAAUCUGCAUCACAGCUGCCUUUGAAUGCUUUCAUUGAUAACACAUUUUCUCACGUGAAUUCUAACAUUUCCAAGACUGCGAGAGGGGCAUAUGCUGGAAAAGUAUCUGGUGUUUGUGAGUCUAGUAACAUUGCUGAUGCAAUGAAAUUUGCUUCCAUUCCAAGAUUCCACCCUCAUUCUUUACCCGAGUAUCGUGAUGGUUUAGCUAAUGGUAGUCCUUACAAUUUGUCAAACACCAUUAAAAUGGCCGCCAAUAUUGGAACUGGAUCCACAGAAGCAUCUGACAGCAGGCACAUUCAGGGAAUGAGCUCCACUGGGAACUUAUCAGAAUUUAAUGCAGGAGGAAAUGGAAGCCUUCCCAACCAUCAGCUCUAUCAUAUGUGGAACAGCUCAAACUUGCGUCAGCAAUCUCCAUCAAAUGCCGUGGUUUGGCAGAAAACACCAUCUUUUGCUAAUGGUGCUUGUGCUCCAUGUCUUCCGCAGAUGCCCAGCUUUCCCAGGUCACCGGCUCAUGUGCUGAGAGCAUCACACAUAGACCACCAUGUUGGAUCAGCACCUGUUGUUACAGGAUCACUCUGGGAAAGACAACAUUCUUACUUGGGAGAGUCUCCUGAUGCUUCUGGUUUUAGAUUGGGUUCUCUAGGCAAUGCAGGUUUCCAUGGUAGCUGGCAGUUGCAUCCUCCGGAUCUUUCUUGCAACAUGUUUUCUCAUGUUGGUGGGAAUGGUAACGAAUUGACAUCCAGUGUUGGGCAGGGUUCUCCUAAGCAGUUGUCACAUGUCUUCCCUGGGAGACUUCCCAUGACUUCAAUGUCAAAAUUUGAUUCUACCAACGAACGAAUGAGAAAUCUCUAUCACCGUAGAAGUGAAGCAAACAUUAACAGUGCUGAUAAAAAACAAUAUGAACUCGACCUAGGCCGCAUAUUGCGCGGGGAUGACAGCCGAACAACACUUAUGAUAAAAAAUAUUCCCAACAAGUAUACUUCAAAGAUGCUUCUUACAGCCAUAGACGAACAAUGUCGGGGAACUUAUGAUUUUCUGUAUUUGCCAAUUGAUUUCAAGAACAAAUGUAAUGUUGGCUAUGCAUUCAUCAAUAUGACUGAUCCUGGUCAAAUAAUUCCAUUUCACCAGGCUUUUAAUGGGAAAAAAUGGGAGAAGUUUAACAGUGAAAAGGUAGCUGUACUUGCAUAUGCCCGAAUUCAAGGAAAAUCUGCUCUUAUUGCUCAUUUCCAGAAUUCAAGCCUGAUGAACGAAGAUAAACGUUGCCGCCCUAUUCUUUUCCAUACAGAUGGUCCAAAUGCUGGUGAUCCGGAGCCUUUCCCCUUGGGUGCCAAUAUUAGAGUAAGGCUGGGAAAAUCUCGUAACAGUGGCAAUGAGGAGAACCGCAGUCAAGGGAAUUCUUCAACUUUGGCAAGUGCGGAAGAGUUUGCUAGUGGAAUAGAUUCUUCAACGUGUUCUUCAAGAGACACUGACUAAUUUAGCCUCGAGAACUAACGGUUCAAUGCUGCGUGCCAUAUCAACUCCGUCGCUGUAUAUUUACAUUUUCUUUGAGUGUGUGAGAGAGAGAAGAGUUGGAGCAGCUGGUAGGAAAUGGGGCUCACAAUUUUUGCCUUAUAGAGGAGCCUUGAAAAAGUUUUUGAAGGUUGAGGUACAUAACCAGAAUGAAGUCAAUGAUUCUAGUAUUUUUCUUUGUUUACCUAAAAUUUUGCGUGGAAUCCUGCUACAGUCUUACAAGUUUAGAGAAACUGGCUUAACUGAAGCUUAAAAUUUUGGCAAGUUUUGAAUGCAGAAUUUGCAGUUCCCUUGAGAUAGUGCACAUGAUUGUGUGUUUCAAGGGUGCUUUGCUCUUUCGUUUUCAUUAUUGUUGUCUCUGAUGUGUUCAUAUGUAAUUUUGUUUCCUUAUAUUCCUCGGCAUUGGUGACCUAAUAGGAUUUUUGUCUAUAUAUUGGGAUUGUUGAUGGAAGUUAUUUAAUUGGAACGUUCAUUUAGAUGGGUAACAUA